AUGCUUCUAUUGCACUUGGUAUUUAUUGUGGUAUCCUUAUCGUACGCCCUACUUGAGGCAUUCCAUUUGGAAUUUGGUUUCAUUGUUAGUGACAACCUUGGUACGGCCGCGCACGACGUAACUCUGCCGAUGGGCUCGCUGGAUCUACCUGUGGAUGCAAUCCCAGGAAUGUCGAGGGAUAAAACCGAGGGCAUCGUUACAAAUACUACUGUGCCGUCCGCCAUCAUCCUACCUUUCCCUCCACCGCUGGCGGGCCCCAGCCAAGAAGGCCCCUCAGUCACAUCGAAUCAACUAGUCGACGUUGGCGCUAUCAGCAGCAUUGAGGUCAUCGAGGCUGAGACUCCUUCAGUAUAUCACGUGACGCCCAUAACAAAAGAAUCUGCUUCGCCGCUAUUGUACGCGCCAUUAUACAACACAGCGAUGUCACGAAUGAAGCUUUCCAGCUCGCCCGGUCGCCCUGGCUCUGUGGCGCCGUUUGCCAUGUCGAUGCUGACGCCUACUGAGCCCCCCAGCCCAUUUCCCGGCUUCCCAUCUCUAUCAAGCUUUGAAACAUCUCGCACUAAAGCAGCUGUUGCCGUGGCGGAGUUCACUGGUGCAGAGCCAACCACUGUUGAGACCAGUAGUCCUCCGCUAGCCCAAUCAAACGAUACAAACUCCAGCAGCUGGGGCAGCAGUUCCUUCGGCGUGGGUAGCCAGGGCCAUGUACCUGUCUUGCACCGGCCUGUUGACGCCGGACACAUGGACGGCUUCUGUACGAGGUUAGCAGGCGCGACUCCGUGGCCGCCGUCGCACCCUUUGCAAACGCCUAUUUCCUCAUCUUAUGCAAGCCGUGGUGAUACAGCGAUUUUUGACCUCGACCGAUUUGAUGAUGAGGGCCAAGAGGUAAUCUCGGCAUCUCUGCCAGUGAAGGGUUUGCCGGCCGGCUCCACCGCAAAUAAGCACGGCGACGCCACUGCUUCCCAAGGGCCGCAGCGCCAGCAUGUGAAGCUCCGUUUUCCAUCCCGAAAGGCUUCGGCCAGUCACAAGGAUGUCCCGUGCGAUCAAGAUGUGCACCGCCCGGGUGUCUUCUCCAGUAGCAACAGCGCCUGGACCAAAAACAUCUCAGCACCUCCGGGCGGUGAUGACACCCCAGUCUGGCCACCUUUGCUUCCUGAAGGCCCUGCGCCAUUCUUUUGCCAAGAAGACAUUGGCGAUGCGGCAAUCUCCUCUGAAGCAACGAGCGUAAUGAGGAGCCUCCGCAAUGAAACUCCUGCUCGCGCGGCACAUCCAUGGUCGUCCGCCUCCGGAGGCCGUCUAUUGCCUAGCGUCGACGGGACAGGCCAGCGGCAGUUCCAUCAGGAGCCCGGGCGCGAGUAUGCGGCCGUUGCGGCAGCUGCUUCCAUCAUGCUUUCUAAUUUCAAGGUGUAUGCCAAGAAGGUCGUGAUGGCAGCUUGCGCAGGCGAUGAGACCACUUUGCGGACGGCGCAGGAUGACCUGCAUGCGGUUUCCAUGCAACUGCUCAACUUGGAAUUGGCGCCACACUCCUAUACGACUUCGAUCGGCGCCUGCAGGGCGCUCGCAUACAGCACGCCCCUUAUUGGUAUGCAGCUUAACGAUAUGCACUCAUCCGCCGAUGUUCGCGCAUCCGCUAGCAUUGGAUCAAGCGGUGGCGGGGACUGGACAAGUAUGGGCAGUCGAACUGCUGUGAAUCGGUCUUCAGGCUUCAUCCCAGAACAUUCGCCCUGCCAGUCCUGCAGUACCGAAGCCAGUGAAGCCGGUUAUCCACCCUCACCACUUGCAAGCGUCCUUACGACGACGCCAGCGCUUAGAACAGGCAGCGGUGCCAGCGACGGCGCCUGGGAUGAUGGUCCACGGGUCUUACCGGCUGACGUCGACUCCUAUCUGGCUGCCUUGAGGGGCAGAGACAUUUCGUCAUCGGCAUGCGUGUUGGCUAACUUUCAGUCAAGCCUGUCAUUCACCGGAUUGCUGAUCAACUCAGCCUGUCGUCAGUUGUACCUUGCUCAAGAGGAGACGGCUAAGUGGCGAACGCGGGCGAAGACUUUGCGUGUUCAGGGCUCAGCCCAGAUUGUUUCCGCGGCUGAGGCGUUGCUAAACCCGGAGGAUGCCGUUGCGCCCGGUGUCUCCCCGGUUUGCGACAACCCUUGCAAGGACAUCACCAGCACUUCCGUCGGCACCCAUGCCUCCCCUGACUGUACCGACAUCAAAUGUGGACUUUUGAACCACGUGCGCACUGCGUCGCCUACGACACCCUUGGAGAGCUGCUGCACAGCGAGUUCGUCGGGUAGCGGCGGCGGUAGCUGCGAGGGCCCACAAUCAACGAAAUCAGAUGGCUCCGAGGGGCCUGAGGGUAGUAGCAUUGCCCCGCGGCGUCUGUGGCGGCCGCAGGAAUAA